GCCAACUCCACCGUCUUUGCCGACCCGACCACUCUGCUGCCAAUUUAUUGCUGGCUCAACCUCGAGCUUCAUUCUUCCUCUUCUUUCAUCCUUUUCUUCCCUUUUCUCAUCCUUUAUAUACCCUUGAUUCCCUCUUCCGGUUCCUUCCGGUUCAGUGAUUGCCACCAUCUUUGCCUGAUUCAUCAUGGCCAGCACUGUCGGACAGACCAUCACCUGCAAGGCUGCGGUUGCCUGGGGCGCCGGAGAGCCUCUCUCCGUUGAGGACGUCGAAGUUGCUCCUCCCAAGGCCCACGAGGUCCGCAUCCAGGUCCUUCACACUGGUGUCUGCCACACAGAUGCCUACACUCUCUCCGGAAAGGACCCCGAAGGUGCUUUCCCCGUUGUUCUGGGUCACGAGGGUGCCGGUAUCGUCGAGUCCGUCGGCGAGGGUGUCACCUCCGUGAAGCCCGGUGACUAUGUCGUUGCUCUCUACACCCCCGAGUGCCGUGAGUGCAAGUUCUGCAAGUCUGGCAAGACCAACCUCUGCGGUAAGAUUCGUGCCACCCAGGGCAAGGGUGUGAUGCCCGACGGCACCUCUCGCUUCAAGGCCCGCGGCAAGGACCUGCUGCACUUCAUGGGUACCUCCACUUUCUCCCAGUACACCGUCGUGGCCGACAUCUCCGUUGUCGCCGUGACCCCCAAGAUCCCCACGGACCGUUCCUGCCUGCUUGGCUGCGGUAUCACCACCGGUUACGGUGCGGCCGUUGUCACCGCCAAGGUGGAGGAGGGCUCCAACAUUGCCGUCUUCGGUGCCGGCUGUGUCGGUCUCUCGGUCAUCCAGGGUGCGGUCAAGAACAAGGCCGGCCGCAUCAUCGUGGUUGAUGUCAACGACGGCAAGGAGGCGUGGGCCCGCAAGUUCGGCGCCACGGACUUUGUCAACCCCACCAAGCUUGGUGGCAAGACCAUCCAGGAGCAGCUGAUUGAGAUGACGGACGGCGGUUGCGACUACACUUUCGACUGCACUGGUAACGUGGGUGUGAUGCGGGCUGCCCUGGAGGCGUGCCACAAGGGAUGGGGUGAGAGUAUCAUCAUCGGUGUUGCUGCUGCUGGCCAGGAGAUUUCCACUCGCCCAUUCCAACUGGUCACUGGCCGUGUGUGGAAGGGAUGCGCCUUUGGUGGUAUCAAGGGCCGCACGCAGCUUCCGGGAUUGGUUGACGACUACCUGAACGGACAGCUGAAGGUGGACGAGUUCAUUACGCACCGCGAGAAGCUGUCCGACAUCAACAAGGCGUUUGAGCAGAUGAAGGCGGGCGACUGCGUUCGCUGCGUUGUUGACCUGUCAUGAUCUGUUAUAACCUGUCAUAACCUGUCAUAAUGUACACUGAUGAUAAUCAAUGAAAAAAUUACGAGUUAG